UCGAUUUCACCACCACCAACUUCCUUUUCAGACUGAAUUUCCUCACUCAAUAUGUCAAGCAGAGCAUUGAGAAAGUUACACGGGAAUCAAGAUCUAGACAUUAUCAAGAAUGGUCAGAACACCGACGAAGAAGAAGAAGAAGAGGAGCAUGAAAGUCUCGUAACAUGUAAAAAGAAAAACAGGAAACCCAUAAAUCCAUUUCUACUGUUAGGUGAAGAGGAAGAUGAACAUCACAGUGAAGAAAACAAUGAAGAAGAUGCAGUAGCUCCAGAUCAGACAUCUAAACCUGAAGUCCAAGAAGGUGCAACAAACAAAAAGAAGAAGAAGAAAAAGAGAAAGAAGAAGAAAUCAGCUGAAAAGGAAGUUGAUAACGAGGAUGAUGAAAUAGAGGCCAGCAUAAAAGAAGUCAAUCGCAUUCUGGAGAAUUCAGGUCACGGUGCCGAGUCUUUGAUAAUGAGAGUAGACACUGUGAAUGACUCACAAAAAGCCCUCCUCAUGGUGGAACAUAAGAAUCUGAAUCCAGAUAACGAAUUGAAGAGGAUUUUUGGAUCACGGGUAGUACAAGCAGAGUCCUCAAGGCGGAGACAAAGAAAUAUGCCCAUGCGUCGACGGACAAGUUGGUUAGCUACACCUAAGGACACAUGGCCACACAUUGGGAAAACAGGAUUGACUAUGUCACUGAAGGAGACACAGGGCAAUGUAAACUACUUUGUAUUUGAACACAAUCACCAGUACCAGCAAGUGCAAUUCAAAUUCUAUGACGCUGUAGAAUCUCUGAACCCUCAAAAUAUAAUGGAUAUCAUAAGGACAUAUCCAUACCAUGUGGAUGCCUUGAUCCAGAUGAGUGAAGUGUUCCGGAUGAGUGAGGACAUGCAGACAGCUGCUGACCUAAUUGAGAGAGCCCUAUUUUCCUUUGAGAUGUCUUUCCAUUCCUUGUUUAGUCUAACAACGGGCAUCUGUCGUCUGGACUUCAAGCUGGCAGAAAACAGACCAUUUUAUCUAGGCCUCUUCAAGCAUCUAGUGAAUGUUGGUCAGAGAGGUUGUUACAGGACAGCUCUGGAGUUCUGUAAACUGCUCCUGAGCUUUGACCCAGAUAAUGACCCUAUGUGUGUCCUACUUAUGAUUGACUUUUAUGCACUGAGAGCAUCAGAGUAUUCCUUCCUGAUCCGGAUGUUCCAAGAAUGGGAGGAUCACAGAAACCUGUCUCAGUUACCAAACUUUGCUUUUUCUGUGCCAUUAGCCAUGUUUCUUCAAGAAGAAAAAAAUGAGUCAGGGGACACAACUGAGGCAGAUGAAAAGCUUCAGCAAGCUCUGAUCAUGUUUCCUGGACUGUUGAUGCCCCUCCUGGAUAAAUGCAGCAUCAACCCUGACAGUGAGGUUUCAAGUCAUGCAUACUUUGGGGAUAAAAUGCAGUACAGUCAGACUGCUGCUCUCAAGCAGCUGAUUGGCUUAUACAUUGGUCGAUGCCACGCCUGUUGGAAACAGCCAGAGGUUGUACAAUGGCUUGAGAGGAAUGUCAAGGAGGUGAUGAAGAGAGUUGAUAGAAAAGACAGCUUUGUAGAAGAAUGCAGUAAAAAGAGACAAGUAAGAUACCAAGGAACACCCCGCAAUAUUUUACGACACAUCCUCAUCUCAGAGAUCAAGGACGCCACUACAGCACUUCCUCCGGAUGUAGCUAACACCACCGUACUCAGUUAUGAUCCUCUCCCCCCACUGGACUCCAUUGCUGCUUACCAGCGACCAGACAGGCAACGAACACCUCAAGAAGGAAACACACUUGCUUUGUUUUUGAGAUCUCUUUUGCCAAACUUUAAUCCAAAUGAUCCCCCUGCCAGGAAUGAGGGAGCUGUGGGGGGUGAGGAAGGGAACAACCUGAGGCAGGGAGUCAAUGUGUUGAUGGGGGCAAUGAGGGACCUACUGGCCAACAUCCGACCGAUCGACCCACCUGUGGAGAACCAGGGAGAAGAGGAUCAAGAGGAGAGGGAGGAGGGGGAGUGGGACUGACAUCACAGGGUCAGGGGUCAGGAAGAGGGGUCAGAGGAUCAGGGACUGACAUUACUGGGUGAGGGAGAGUGGGUCAAGGGUCAGUCUUUUGAGAAAUACAGACAAUUGGAUCUAACAAAAAGUAAUGAAGUGCAUCUAUUGAAUUGGCAUUGGGUAUCUUCAUUUGAAUAAACGAUGGUUUUUUUGUUGUAUUAUGUUAACUAAAUAUUGUUGGUUUUUGUCUGUGGUCCAUAAUUAUAAUACACAAAUGUGCAUUUAGACAUUUAAAAAAAAUGUUACAUGCCAAGAAAUGUUUUCAGAAGUAAGAUCUGACCUAUACAAUGUAUAUUGAUAUGUUAAAAAUAUCUGAUACACAUGCUCAUUCUGUGUACUGUUACAUGUUUUUCAAAAAAAUUCAUUUUUGUUUUUGAGGGUACACUGUACAAAUUCUGGAAAUUCUUACCUAACUACUGAGAAAACUGUUAAGUUUUACAAGAGGCCAAAUGCAUAAGUCUUUCAAACAUUUUAACAGUUAUAAUAAACUGCAGAAUUUGUUAAAUUUUAACAUGCAAACAAAAUAAACGAAAUACAGAAGUUU